UAAUUUAAGUGAGGAAAUAGGCUCCCGAAAAUAAAUUAAACAUAAUAAAGUAAAGGCCUAUGGGAGCCAACACGGAUGUUGGCUGUGACAGCGCGUAUCGGCAAAAUCAAAUCAAAGGCCGAACCCGCGCUACAUUUAUUAGAUGCCUGCAAAUUGUUACGAAUGGAAAGAGACAAAGAACGCGAUCUAAUGUCGCAGAAGGAGCAAGAGGAAGACACUAUCUCUGACUUACAAAAUUCCCUUCAACGAGUCGAACGUGAAUUAUAUACUUUGAAAUGCGACAGUACCGGACUCACAUCACAAAUAUUAAUCCAACAUCUGACAGAGGAAGUAACAGUACAAUCUGCAAUUGUAAAAGAGAAGCUUCCAUCCGAGUUAAAUGCAAAAAAGAAUCGGAUGAGAGCGUUGUCGAUAGUCAAAGAAUAUUCUUAUUUGGGCCCGGAUAAAAUUAUGACCAUGAGAAAUAAUUUAGAUGCGAUAUUAAAAGACAUACAAGAUUUAGUGGAAUCCAAAAUAUCUAAAAAUGAUAUCGAUAAAAUGGGACCAUUUAGACAACAAGCUGCCGCUGUCGGAAAUAUGAAACGGAAUGCUCUUGAACGUUUAGAAAAAAUCGAAAGUUCUCUAGAAGAAUUACAAUCACGAUUAAAAGAGAAACAGGAUUAUUCAAAAAAUUUAUUGGAAACCUCAAUACCUAGAGCAGAGGAAUUAAAAAAAUAUAUUAAUCGUUUGAAGACUAAGAGUACAUUGUAUAAGCGUUGCAAAACGGAAAUAGCGGGACUAAAAGCAGAAGGUGGUGUGCUUCAUCGAACAGCAACUAUUCUAGAUGGACAGAUAACUCAUUCUUACUCAGUGAAUAUCGCGUCUAAAGUAAUAAUUCCAGAAAAUUAUGUGCUAGAUAACGCAUUAACGACAAAUACUCAAUUGUCUCAUUCGAUAUUGGCUCUGCUAACCAAUCUUGCCCCGGUCAUAAAAGAUAUGAAAACAUUACGACAAAUAGCACGUGAGACUGAUGAGAGAUAUCAAAAAGCAUGUAAAAGUCAUAACACAGUAGAAAUGAGCAUGAAAAGUACAACAAGUGAUUUAUUAUCCGAAACUAAACGCCUAAAGAAUAAAUUAUUACAGGAUACUAAGAAUAAGAAACAAUUACAACAAAAAAUUGCAAAAAUAAAGAUUAUUGAAGAAAAACUAAAUAAUGAAGCAAAAAUCAACAAUAGUUCCAAUAAUAUAGGACAAACAUUAAAACGAGAAUUACAUAAUAUGAUUAUGACAGAAGAAGAAACUUUAAAAAAUUUAAACAAGGAACAAGAAAAAAUAAAAGAACACACUGUACAAUAUGAAAAUAAAACACAACAAUGGAAUAAUAUCAUAUCGUAAGUAAUAGUAUCUUCU